AUGCUUGUUACAGCAGUUGGCAUGGAUACAGCAUUGGCAGAAAUCAUUAGUCCAGCUUGUGUCAAUCAUGAUCAUAAAUCUCUUUUACAGAAGAAACUACACAAACUGACCUCGCAUAUAGCGAAGGUUGGUUUGGCAUUUAGUUUCUUGGUUCUUUUAGUUCUGUUUAACGCUAGCAUGUGCACUAACCAUAGCAUACUCAACCAAGAAGAUGAUAACUGUCUUUCAGCUUUUGAAGCAAUGGCCUCCGCUACUGUGAUUUGUACGAAUAAGAAAGGCGUACUGACUGAAAACACUCUGCAGGUCAGCCAGUUUUGGCUACGUGAAGAGUAUUUUGGAAGUUGUGCUUUCCCCUCAUUUGCCCCAGAAAUUCUUGAUCUGCUUCAUGAAGGAAUGGCUCUGAACACAACCAAGAUCUCACCGGGAUCUUCGGUUGAACACAUUGAGGAUCAAAUUCAAAAUGCAAUUUUGGCAUGGGGCAUCAAAAGCAUGAAUAUGAAUGUACAACAACUGAAAGAAAGAUGUACCCUUGUCCAUGCUGAAAGCUUCAACUCGGAAUACCAAGGGCGUGUUUUGAUAAGGAGGAAUGCUGACAGCAGAGUACAUGUGCACCACAAAGGAACUCCAGAGGAAAUACUGGCCAUGUGUUCACGUUACUACGAGAAGACAGGGGAUGUCAAAGAUAUAAACAAUGAUACUAGAGAAGCACUGCAGGGAAGAAUUACAAAGAUGAAAAUGGAUGGUUUGCACUGUGUUGGUUUUGCAUAUAGAAGUGUGACAGCAGAACAUCAGAUUGAUCAUGAAGGGCAUUUCCAUCCAAAGCUCAAAGAAGAUGAUUCCAUCUUAUUAGCAUUUGUCGGUCUGAAAGCUCCAUGUAGAGAACAGGCAAGGAAAGCUGUGAUGGACUGCCAAGAUGCUGGAGUGAACAUCAAAAUCAUUACAAAAGAUGAUAUCCACACCGCUCGUGCAUCAGCGAUUGAUUGUGGUAUAAUUGAUCCUCACAACACAUCCACUGGAGAAGUCAUUGAAGGAACAACCUUCCAAGGAUAUGCUGAAGAUGAAAGAUUGGAGAAAGUUGAUAACAUUCGUGUGAUUGCAAGAGCCUCAACGCUGGACAAGCUUCUAAUGGUACGAUGCUUGCAAAAGAAAGGUCAUGUUGUUGCAGUUACUGGAGACAGAGUGGAAGAUGCAGAAGCACUUCGAGAAGCCAAUGUGGGGCUUUCAUUGGGUAAUCAAGGAACCGAUGCAGCAAGGAACAGCUCGGAUAUUGUCAUCAUGGAUGAUAACUUUGCUUCCAUAGCUAGAGCUCUAAGUUGGGGCCGAACCACAUACAACAAUGUUCAGAUAUUCACCCAAUACCAACUAACAGCAACUAUUGCUUCUUUGGUAAUAGACUUUGUGACAUCAAUUUCAGCUAGUGAGCCCGUGACCAUCAACAUUGUCACAGUAAUUUCAGCAGGCAAUGUUCCCUAUGCAAUGCUUCAGGUUCUUUGGGUAAAGCUGAUGGUAGGGACAUUAGCAGCUGUAGCUCUCACUACCGAUGGGCCUGGAACAAAGCUCAUGCAGCAGCCACCAACUGACAAAAAUGAGCCAUUUAUAUAA